AUGGCAGUGCACGCGCUGCACGAAGCGCGCCCUUGGAGGACACCGAGAGGUACGCGCCGCAGCGCUGCCAGCGAGCGUUGCCUUCGACUUCGCCUUACGUGCGGCAACGAGCCCUCCCACGCUGCUACAGCCGUCGCCGCGGCCGCCCACGCCGCUGCAGCCGCCUGCGCGACGCCCACACCGUCAGCGACCACGGCCGCCGCAACCAAUUCACUCCUGCGUCAGUGCGCCCACGUGAAAGGCCCGGAAGCCGAUAGCAAGGACAUCUCAGCCUCCGUGUCGACCUCCUGCUCCUGUUUGCUCCGCAUUCCUGACCACCAUCGACCUCAAAAUGUCGGCGACAAUACUUCCAUGGAGGAUGCCCUUAACGUGUUCGAUGAAAUGGGCACAAGGUUUAAAGUUUAG